AUGACCUCGAGACUGAUUGCAGUUGUUGCUGGCGUCGGGCCCGGAACUGGGGCAUCCAUAGCCCGCAAGUUCUCCGCCAAGUACCCUGUAGUCUUGCUUGCGCGCAAGCCGGAGAACUACGAAAGCCUGGCACAAGAAAUAAACUCCAAGGGGGGCAAGGCGAUUGGCAUCAGCACUGACGUGUCAGACGCUGCCAGCCUGGGGAGUGCGGUCGAGAAGAUCAAGGAAGAAUUCGGAGCAGAUGUGGGGGCAGCCGCCGCCAUCUUCAAUGCGUCUGGUGGGUUUCUUCGGAAACCGUUCCUGGAGACUGGGGCGGAUGUUUUCCAGGCCAGCCUGGGGGUUAGCGCAAUGGGCGGGAUUCUGUUCAGCCAGUCGUUCCUGCCUCUGCUGCUCAAGGGUGUGCAGCAGCAGUCAGAGCACCCACCCUCGCUCAUCUUCACGGGGGCAACAGCAUCGGUCAAGAGCAAUGCGCAAAUGUCAUCUUUCUCGAUGGGCAAGUGGGCACUGAGGGCGCUCAGUCAGAGCCUGGCGCGCGAAUUUGGACCGCAGGGGGUGCACGUUGCGCAUGCGAUUAUUGAUGGAGUGAUUGAUAUUCCGAGGACCAAGGAGUGGCUCAAGGACAUGCCUGCGGAGGCAAAGUUGAAUGCUGAUGCGAUUGCGAAUGAUUACUGGUGGUUGCACACGCAGCCCAAGACCAACCUUACGUGGGAAAUUGAUCUUAGGCCGGCGGUUGAAAAGUGGUAA